GGGAAUUACGGCUCUUUUUAGAAACUCGGUUCUUUUGGUUCGGCUCUAUAAAAAGAGCCGGCUCUUUUUUCUCCCAAGCGGCUCCUCAGACUGACGUUUCACGAAAAAAAGUGGCACCAGCCUGAGGAUCCGCUUGUAGCCUAUAGUAAUACUCUUUCGGUUUUAUUAUCGUAUGACGCAAGUACUGUUGAGGGCAGCUGCUUCAUGAUGUCAAAUCCCACGUUGCUUGUUCUGUAUGGGAGCCAGACCGGUACAGCCCAGGACACGGCACAAAGAAUCGCAAAACAGGCACAAAGGAGGCGGAUGAAGGUUCAAGUGUGGGCUCUGGAUAGCUACAAUGUGGCCAAUCUGAUCUCAGAAUCCUUGGCUGUUUUUGUGUGCUCCACCACUGGCCAGGGAGAUCCUCCUGACAACAUGAAGAACUUCUGGAGGUUUCUCUUUAAGAAGUCUUUACCCAUUGGCUCUCUGACUCAGCUGGACUGUGCAGUACUGGGCCUGGGGGACUCUUCCUAUCCAAAGUUCAAUUUUGUGGCCAAGAAGCUUCAUAAGCGCCUUUUGCAGCUGGGUGCUAGUAUGCUGCUGCCUGUGGGGCUGGCAGAUGAUCAACAUGACCUUGGCUCAGAUGCUGUAAUUGACCCAUGGCUCCAAUUGUUUUGGGAUAAAGUUUCUUCUUUGUACCCAUCUUUGGCCAAUGUGAUCCCACUAAGAGAAGAUGAACCACUCCCUCCAACAUACACUUUCCACAUCCUGGAUGAUGUCAAAGAGAAGACAGACCACCGGUCGAGGAUUACUAUGGAGCAAACUGUCCCCUCCCAGUCACAUCCUUUUCCUGCUGCAAUGGUGUCCAAUAGAAGAGUGACGGAGCAGUCACACUAUCAGGAUGUGAGGCUCAUCGAGUUUGACAUCACUGGAUCCAACAUUGAGUUUACGGCUGGUGAUGUUGUGAUGAUGUAUCCCUGUAAUGCACUAGAGGAUGUACAGCAUUUCUGUCAGCUGCUGAGGUUAGAUCCAGAGGCCAGAUUCAUUCUGAAGGCCACACAAAACAAAGCAGUUCCAGCAAGACUUCUUCAGAUAUGUACUGUGCACCAACUGGUGGAGAAGUACUUAGACAUUGCUGCAGUGCCUCGCCGCUCUUUCUUUGAGUUGCUGUACACAUUUUCUAGCAACCAGCUGGAGCGGGAGAAGCUUGCAGAGUUCGGAUCAGCAGCAGGUCAGGACGAGCUGCAUAGCUACUGCAAUCGGCCCCGGCGCACUGCACUGGAGGUAUUGGCAGAUUUUCCCCAUACUACAGCAGAACUCAAAGCAGACUAUCUCCUAGAUCUUUUCCCUGAGAUCCAACCUCGCUCAUUCUCCAUUGCCUCCUCUCUUAAGGCUCAGCCGCACAGACUUCAGAUCCUCGUAGCUGUGGUCCAGUACAAAACUAAAAUGUAUAAACCACGAAGAGGACUCUGCUCCACCUGGUUAGCCUCCUUAGAUCCUACACAAGGCGAGGUGUAUGUGCCUCUUUGGGUGAAGAAAGGUAGCCUGAAGUUUCCAAUAGAGAAUAACUCCUCAGUGAUAAUGGUUGGACCUGGAACAGGAGUGGCACCCUUUAGAUCAGCAAUACAAGAAAGGAUCGCUCAGGGGAAGACUGCCAAUGUCCUGUUCUUUGGCUGUCGGUCUGAGUCCAAAGACUUCUACUUCAGGUUAGAGUGGGAAGAGAUGAUGAGAGCUGGUCAUCUGGUUCUCUUCACUGCCUUCUCUCGAGACCAGGAGGAAAAGGUUUAUGUACAGCAUCGUGUGAGGGAGAAUGCUGCACUCUUAUGGGACCUGAUUGCCAAUAAAAAUGCCUACUUUUACAUCGCUGGCAAUGCUAAACAGAUGCCAGCCAGUGUGUGUGACGCUCUGAAAGAGGUGUUCCAGCAGGAGGGAGUCUUGUCUGCUGAGGAAGCUGAGCAGAUGCUAGUAGACAUGGAGAGGACAGGUCGAUUUCAAAGUGAGACUUGGUCCUAAUCACAUGCCUUAACUUGUGCAUCUCUAGAGCUCACAUUAAGCUGCCACCAUGACCAUACCUGCUAUGGAAAUAUCCAUCAGUCAGCAUUACCAAGACCAAGAUUGGCCAGAUAGUUUUUUGCAGCUGCAGAAUAAACUGAUUUAGUGCUGUGCUUUUUCUGUGUACCAGUGCCAAGGCCUUCUGGUAAAAAAGAAGCUUUGGGUUGUGCAGCUUAGAGACUGACUAAAGACCUGAUGUUAUUUUCUUACAUGCUUGUAUACUAUACCAAUUUUUGUGUUAUGCUAGUUGUUUAUCAACUUGAUGCUUCACAUCCAAACAGGAGGAAUGGGCUUAGGAAUUCUAACCAUGUUUAUUCACAGUCCUGAGAGUCAGAUAUCUUCACAAAAGCAAUAACAGAAGGUUCACCAUAACGUGCACAUAAUUCAUAAACAUCUGAAACAGAAAGACCAGAUUAGAUUACCAAAUCAUCAUCAUCAUCUGUAAAAAUACUAGUGUCACUAGUGUUUCCUGAAGACAGAGAUGGAGGAAUUUAUGGAAAUAGCGGUAUAACCAAAUACUACCUGCUCAGAUUCAGUUAAAUGAAGCAGAAAUGGUGGAAGGUGCUUUACAGUACAGAUGGACAUUGACCCAAAUGUCAAAACAAUUCAGGAAUGUUUGUUAGUAACUCUAUCUCCUUACUGAGCGUGGAUUUCACUUGCUGAAGAUAACUAAAAAACUAAAUACAGAAAAAGACCCAGGAACUUUUGAGUUCCUGGAACAGGGGACUGUUUAGAAGUGAUUAUAAUUCCUUCACCUUUUCUCCAUUUGUGCAUACAUAUAUAUAUAUAUAUUUACCCUUACAUUUUCUGCCUGUAUAAAAACUUCAACAACAUACAAAAAACUUGCAUAUGGUUGUAAACUUUAUUAACAGUACUCUGUCUUGACGACUGCCUCUACGACAUGUAGAAUUUAACGUUUCAGGUGUCUUGUCUGCAACUUGUCUUAGGAUCUGAAUACAUUUGGUCCUACCCUGCAACAUCAGCCAAUAAACUCAUUAACUGCAUUAGACUAUAUUUGUCUGUUUAAGAUGAUUUUUUGGCUUCAGAUAGCUGCACGCUAACAAGAGACUUUAGUUUGCUGUAAUGCAGAGGUAAACCUGGGUGGGAUUUAAAGGGAAUUAAAGGCUGGGAAAUGUUCAAAGUUCUAUAAACUACUGUAAUGUUUGAAAGAUAUUUAUUGCACUGAUAUUUCAUAUCAACUGCCUAAAAUCUGACUUCUAAGCAGUAUGAUGAGAAAAUAUAAUGCAGAACUAUAUGACUUGUAUUGCCCAGUACUGCAGUGAGAUAAUCUGAAACUUGAAGAAGCUGGAAACCUGACAUUAAGUAAGAGGCUCCAGUGGUUCUACAGUGCAGAGUCUGAGAGGUACAAUUGUGUUGCUUUAUAUACGAGAGGGUAUGCACGUGGUGUCACAGCAAGCGAAGUCUCUGUAGUUACGGCCAUAGACAUAUAUACAACACGCGGGUUGGUCCGUCAUGAUGAUUGCUGCUUCCGCCAUAUUGGAUGUGGCAGAUCUCCUCCAUAAACUAAUAAAAGGAAAUAAACUGAACUUCAUAAAGCACCUUUAUAUCCCACUAAACAUUAGACGUCUGAUGGAUGUGCAGAUCAUGUCUAUAUUGCGUCCAUUGGUCGACCAAUUCUGGAUGUCGACAAGACGUGUAAACUAGGUCAGCUAUUUGGACAUCUAACCAUGACCCGAUUUAGACAUCAAUAUACCGUUCAAAAUUUGAAUGUCAGACUAGAUCAUUUUUUGGAGGUCACAUAGAUGUCUAAGACCGGUGCAGUUUUUUUAAAAAUCAAAAUUGUUGUUACCAAUAUGAAUAAUUAGAAAUAUUAAUUGUGUGAGAUUAAACACCAUUUUAUUAUUUAGUUUAAUUAUUUAUUUAUUUAUUGAGUACAUGUUAUUAUUAGGAGUUUCACUCCUGGCAUAAUGUGGAUUUUUGCCACUGGGAUUUAAAUAAUCACCUGUUUAAAUUGUACCACUAAAGGUGUGGUACUUGCUGUUACUCGGUGCCUAGUUUUGUUUUUAAAAAGUCAGAAAUUUGCCACAGUCUGACAACCUGACAACACGUUUGUGAAAACACCUUCUGAACAGAUGGACUUCUGGCCUUGAAAUUAAACUGUAAUCCUAGAAGUGCACUUAUUUUUGCCACAAUAAGCAAAUACAAAAGACAAAAUGUUCUUGUUUGUCU